AUGAACCGCAUCAACCGACUCCCAACGAGUUAUCUCACAGCACUUUUAGCGAACUACCCAGCCUUUUCGUGUGCUUUCGCCCUAUCAUCCACAGAAUCCGCCACAUUUGCUUCUGGUCCUCAUCCCCCAGUUUCAUUCAACAUGUCUCUUGCUCAACAGCGCGGCUACUCUGCUACUCACUCCUCCAGCAAAUACGGAGCCCCUUCGGUCACUCCCACUAGUCGCAGGCAUGGUUCUGAACAGCGCCACCGCAGCGGGGCUGGAGGUCACAAUAUGCGCACUCUGAGCGUCACUCUUCCUCGCGAUGUCUCGGCCAACUUCGACUUCUCUGUGCCAUCGCACAUGGCGACUCCGCCAGCGAGCCCCCCGCGCCAUUCGAGUGGACGCAAGAUCGAACUUCCCCUUGCUCUCCCAGAUCCUGCUUUCCCUCCAGUCGAUCCCGCAGGAAUUGAGUCUCUCGAUCCCGAACUUCGAGGUGUUCCCGUCGAGUACGUCGCUCACAAGCUCCGGAGCAUUGGUCCUGAGUUAUUGAACGGGCUUGGAUUUGUCACUCCACCCCAGACCGCCUACACCGCAUCGAAUAUGCCUGCUUGGGUUGAUGUACGCGUGAGCAGCCGGUUGCCCAGCAUCGAAUCCCUUCCGUCACACGUUCUCUGUGUCGUCAAUCCUCAAUCCAAGCAGCCUGGCCAACUUAUCCCCGUUCAUGCGCUCAUUUACGCCACACAAUGCUCCAACUUCCCCAGACUCACCCGGGCAACCCCACACGUUGAUGCCGCAUCUAAGUGCGCACGAUUGGCCGUAGUACCACUCUAUCUCCCCAGCCCUCAAACCUUCAAUCUCCUCAACUCUUACCUCUACACCAAGCGCGCUGAGCGACUCCUUUCGACCCUCGCGCCUAUCUCCUCCAGUGCACUUGCUUCGAUUCCCGUCGGUCAUCAAGGCGCUUCGAAUACGCUCUCCGCUUUGGGCCGUGCGAUGGCCGAGGCCUUCCCGCUCCCAAAUUUGGUCGAGCACGCUGUAGUGGUACACGGUCUCUGGAGCAAUGUCGUUACUCUCGGCAUCGACGAUGAAGUCCUCUGGUGGGCACUCGAGACCGCCUGGGGAAUCAUCACCACCGCUAUCGCACUCGCAUCCGGACAACAAAUUUAG